UCUCUCUCUCUCUCUAUCUCUGUUUCUCUUUCAGUCUCUGGAAUGGAUAUCUCGAUUCGACCGUCUUCUGAUCUCAUCUGACUUCUUCUCCCCCCCAGAGCACAGGUAUUCUUUUGCCUUUUCCCCCAACAAAUCCAGUGCUCCGACAAAUCCUCCCUGUUUCCGACACACACCUACAUCAUCAUCAUCAUGUCUAGGUCAAGCUGCCAUCUCUUCCUCUUCCUCCUCCUUUUCGCCCUUUUCCCCUUUCCCCUCCUCGCCCGCCCUUUCGUUCUCGUUCUCUCCCAAGACGACCUCAAGGAUGUCCAAAACGACGACGUUUCCCCUCUCGAUUCCGAUUCUUCUUGGGACGACGACGACUUCGGCGGUACUCAUGUUAAGCCUGAUGACGAGCUCGAUCCUGGAUCUUGGCGCCGUCUCUUCGAGCCACCUACUACCCUUCUCUCCCCUUCUCAUGAUACUUCCCUCGAUUCUUACUACGCCGCCGUCCAUAAAAUCAUCUCCGCUUCCAACAACGGAGACGCCAGGUUGAUGGAGGAAGCCGCAGCUGAGAUCGAGACCGCUGCUAAUACGGACGGUGAUCCGCACGCUCGUUCGGUGUUAGGUUUUCUGUGCGGGAUGGGGAUGAUGCGUGAGAGAAACAAAGCUAAAGCUUUUUUGAAUCAUUAUUUCGCUGCCGAAGGUGGUAAUGCCCAGUCCAAGAUGGCUUUGGCUUACACUUACUCGCGUCAAGAUAUGCAUGAAAAAGCUGUUAAAUUAUAUGCUGAACUGGCAGAAAUAGCGGUAAACAGUUUCUUGAUAUCCAAAGAUUCGCCGGUAAUAGAACCGAUUAGGAUACACAAUGGAGCUGAGGAGAACAAGGAAGCUUUAAAGAAAUCAAGAGGGGAAGACGAUGAAGAUUUUCAGAUAUUGGAAUAUCAAGCACAGAAAGGGAAUGCCGGUGCUAUGUACAAAAUGGGUCUUUUUUACUAUUUCGGAUUGAGAGGGUUGCGCCGUGAUCAUACCAAGGCUUUGAUGUGGUUUUUGAAAGCUGUGGAUAAAGGGGAGCCUAGGUCUCUUGAACUUCUUGGUGAGAUUUAUGCUAGAGGAGCUGGAGUUGAAAGGAAUUAUACCAAGGCACUUGAGUGGCUUUCACUUGCAUCCGAACAUGGGCUUUAUUCAGCUUACAAUGGGAUGGGUUAUUUACAUGUUAAAGGCUAUGGUGUGGAGAAGAACUAUACCAAAGCAAAAGAAUACUUCGACAAGGCUGCUGAUAAUGAAGAUGCUGGUGGGCACUAUAAUUUAGGAGUAAUGUACCUUAAAGGGAUCGGAGUGAAGAGGGAUGUGAAGAUUGCUUGUAAGUGUUUUAUUGUGGCAGCCAAUGCAGGUCAACCAAAGGCGUUUUAUCAGUUGGCUAAGAUGUUUCAUACUGGUGUUGGGCUUAAAAAGAAUCUUCCUAUGGCUACUGCAUUAUACAAGCUAGUUGCCGAACGGGGACCAUGGAGUUCCCUCUCUAGAUGGGCACUUGAAUCAUACCUAAAAGGUGACAUGGGCAAAGCAUUCCUCUUGUAUUCUAGGAUGGCUGAGCUAGGUUACGAGAUAGCACAGAGUAAUGCUGCGUGGAUCCUUGACAAGUAUGGUGAGCGCAGCAUGUGCAUGGGUGAAUCUGGGGUUUGCACAGAUGCAGAAAGGCAUCAACGUGCUCAUUCUUUGUGGUGGCAAGCUUCCGAGCAGGGUAACGAACAUGCAGCAUUACUUAUUGGGGAUGCAUAUUACUAUGGCAGAGGAACUGUGAGGGAUUAUGAGCGUGCAGCUGAAGCUUACAUACAUGCAAAAUCCCAAUCGAAUGCUCAAGCUAUGUUCAACCUGGGAUACAUGCAUGAGCAUGGCCAAGGACUUCCUUUUGACCUCCAUCUUGCCAAGCGGUACUAUGAUCAGGCAUUAGAGCUAGAUCCUGCAGCAAAGUUGCCUGUCACACUGGCACUGGCAAGUUUGUGGGUACGAAAGAACUAUGCUGACAGUUUCCUGGUCCACGUAAUUGAUUCCCUGCCGGAAGUUUAUCCUAGAGUUGAAGAAUGGGUGGAGAAUGUGAUCAUGGAGGAAGGAAAUGCAACAAUAUUGACACUAUUUGUCUGUCUACUCACUGUUCUAUACCUUCGUGAGCGACAACGCAGGCAUGCUAUUGCUGCUGCGGGGGCACACGAACCUAAUGAGCAUGUUGUACCUGCUGCACGCUAAUUGUCAGUGUUGGUAUUAAGAUUAGAUGUGUUUUUUUCAAAAGUUAAAAUCUCCAUAGCAAAAAUGUAUAGAUCGGCUUCUUUGGCCCUGUUCUAGAGAGCUCCUACAUUGUACCAUAGAGAAUAUUCUAGUCCAAAAAAGAUUAACAUAAGUUGAAAAACGAUCUUUUGCCUCUAAUAUCAAAACAUGUACUUUAUGCUAA